AAACAUCUGGACGUACAACUGUUUCUAAUUACUUGACUGACUAGACUGUAAACUUAAGGAUUUGGCACAAGGACUUCAAAAGUGCUGCCCAAAUCCUUCCAGGCAACUAAUCAAAGGCACUUUGCAGGAGGAUAGUUUCUUGAGCCGGUUUUGGCCAGCUUUGAACACUGCAGCCCCAGUGUGAGACACAUUUUCAGAAAGAAGUACUGUAGGACAGUUUGUAGUCGGUGGCUAAACUUCUCGAACUGGAUAGAAAUAUGCACUCUGGAAUUUUUGUCAACUUUGUGUGGGCUUCUUCCCUCUUCAGUAUCCUCGCAGCUGUUCCACAAAGCCCCUCUUUAAGCACGAAGGGUUCAUCGACAUGCAAACUGAAUCCUGCUGCAUCAGAAAAACGUUGUAGGACACCAGACGGUUUAAUAUGCAGUGGCAGGGGCAAAUGUGAUUGUGGGAUCUGUUUGUGUGAAGUAAAAGAACCUGGAAAGUACUACGGACCAUUAUGCGAGUGCCAUGACUGGGUAUGCCACACCUAUGAUGGACAAGUGUGUGCAGGACACGGGAGUUGCGACUGUGGAAAAUGUAAAUGUGAUGCAGGCUGGUUCGGGGAAUCUUGUCAAUUUCCAAGUUCGUGUGACCUGACCCGGAAGCAAAGCAAUGAAAUGUGCAAGAAUUCACAAGGCGUCAUUUGCUCUAAUGCAGGUACCUGCCACUGUGGAAGAUGCAAAUGUGAAGAUUCAGAAAGUACAGGACUGAUUUAUGGAAAAUAUUGUGAAUGUGAUGAUAGAGAAUGCAUCGAUGAUGAAACUGAAGAAAUAUGUGGAGGCCAUGGAAAGUGUUACUGUGGAAACUGUUACUGUGAGGCUGGUUGGCAUGGAGAUAAAUGUGAAUUCCAGUGUGACAUUACCCCCUGGGAGAUCAAGAAAAGAUGCACAUCUCCAGAUGGCAAAAUCUGCAGCAACAGAGGAACAUGUGUGUGCGGUGAGUGCACAUGUCAUGAUGUAGACCCAACGGGCGACUGGGGAGAUAUUCACGGUGACACCUGUGAAUGCGAUGAAAGGAACUGCAAAGCGGUAUAUGACAGAUAUUCUGAUGACUUCUGUUCUGGUCAUGGCCAAUGCAACUGUGGUAGGUGUGAUUGUAAAGAAGGUUGGACAGGAAGAAAAUGUGAGCACCCUCGUUCUUGUCCAUUAUCAAUAGAAGAAAGCAAGAAAAAAUGUCAGGGAAGUUCCAGUCAGCCUUGCUCUGGACGGGGGAAAUGUGAAUGUGGCCAGUGCACUUGUUUUCCUCCAGGGGAUAACAGAGUUUAUGGAAAAAACUGUGAAUGUGAUGAUCGUCAGUGUGAAGACCUGGAAGGCAAAAUAUGUGGAGAACAUGGCACCUGUUCUUGUGGUCGAUGCAUUUGUGAGGCUGGAUGGUUUGGGAAACUAUGUCAGCAUGCAAGAAAAUGCAACAUGACAGAAGAGGAAAGCAAGAGCCAGUGUGAAUCAGCUGAUGGCAUAUUGUGUUCUGGGAAAGGUUCCUGUCAUUGUGGAAAAUGCAUCUGUUCCCCUCAAGAAUGGUAUAUUUCUGGAGACUUCUGUGAAUGCGAUGACAGAGAAUGUGACAAAUAUGAUGGCCUUAUUUGCACAGGCAAUGGGAUAUGUAGCUGUGGAAACUGUGAAUGCUGGGAAGGCUGGAAUGGAAAUGCAUGUGAAAUAUGGCUGGGAAGUGAAUAUCCUUAACAAGAGGAAAAAGAGAAAAAAUACUACAGCUCAAGAUUUCUUCUUUGUUGCUUUUGGCUACUGGAGAACGUAAAUAAAAGCAGAAUAUAAUCACCACCACUAGGGCAACUUAAACAGACAAUCCUAUGUCUGGAUGUGUUACUAUUAUUAUUUUCUUGAAUUAACUAAAUUCUGACAAACCAUGAAAUGUUUGCAUCUGCGAAGUCUGCAGUGGGAAUUGUAGAAGAAAAGACUUUUCUUGCAUAAUUUACAUGGUUGUCAGGUUGUCGUAUCAUCAGCCCCUGUUAAAAAACUGCAAAAAUACACAUUUUGGUAUAAAUUUAAAGCAAUAAGGCUUCACAGAAGAGUAUAGACGGGGGUUGUUUUAUUUCAAAUUCAGACAUCUGUUAUAGAUAAAUAAAGGUAUGGGUCUGGAACCCAAGAAUGAUGACCAAUCCCCCAUACUAUUGGGUGUAAUUAUAUUAAUUGGUCAUUUCUGUGGAUGCAUUAUUAUGUUAUUUUGUAGAAUAACUGUCUUACUACACUAAUCUUAAUGCAUAGAAUACAUUUUACAGUCUAUAACAAUAAAUAAAUGUAUAGAAGGUAUUAUUUGCUAUUUUAAUAAAUAUCAUACAAAGUUUGUCUUUCA